AUGGCGAUUCAGGUAUCUCCAAUGACGGAAGGCGACAUUGACGGCGCAAUCACGACAAUCCAGGAAGCCUUUGCCGACGACCCCUACAACCACUGGAUCUACCCAGACCGCAGCAAAAUCUCGCUGACGCGCAACCGCGCUUCGCUCUGGCAGCGCUGCCGCUGGGGCAUUGCCCACGGCAUGUUCCUCGUGGCGCGCGACACGUCGGCGCCCUCUACCGUUGUUGGUUGCGCAAUGUGGCUCCCACCGCGGCGCACCUCGGAACCAGAAUCAUGGUCCCUGUACCUCUCGUACUGGUACCUCUGGCUCAACCAGAUCAGGAUCAACCUGUGGUUCGGCCGCGGCGGUCUCAACACCAAGCGCUACUGGAUCUGGAAAGAGCGGCAAGCCGAGGCCCAAAAGGAACUCUGGACAGAUGAGCGCGGAUACUACUUUUGUAACAUUGUUACCGUGUUGCCCGAGUGGCAGGGCAAAGGCGUGGGACGCGCGCUGAUGGACGAGGUGCUCAGGAGAGCGGAUAACGAGGGCAUGAGGUGCUAUCUGGAGAGUAGUCUGAGGAUACCGAAUGUGGCCAUUUAUGAAAAAUUUGGGUUUAGGCUUGUGAGGGAGAUGGAGUGCAAGGACGGCGAGGAUGAGAAAGACGCCGUUACGUUAUUUUGCAUGAUGAGGGAGCCACAGAAGGGAGGUCAGACGAAGGAUUGA